GACUGGCUUCCUCGCCCCCCCAUCACGUCGUGAGCAUUUUGAAGUGAACGAUCAGCUUUUCGGGUACUUGUCACGACACGUUGUACUCGCUUUCGCCCUAGACGUUGCUCAGUUUGGCUCUGUAGUGGGCCGUAAAUUGGAACCGUGAGCAGAGUGACAGUUCGGAGAGAAUGGCGGAGAGACCUGCGCAACCUGCCUGCGACGGAGCUGUGACAGUAGUCGAAAGUGGCGACGAGAGAACACCGCAAGAACCUUCAGCUGUAAGAUUAAAAUUAAGGAAACCAAAAUCCGACAAGAAGGUCAAGUGGGAUGCAGACACUGUUGAUAAUGAGCACAUGAAUAAGAGAAAAUCAAAGUGUUGUUGUAUAUACAGGAAGCACCGUGAGUUUGAUGAAAGCUCAUCCUCUGAAUCAGAUGAUGAAUGUGAAAACUGCUAUGGACAUGCUGAUCACAGAAAGAAGAACCAAAGUGGACCAGAAGUUCCUUCAUCACAAUCACCAGUACCCUGUGGGUCAGGAGAUGGACUUUAACCAAAGAUCAUACUAGGAAUGGAUUGACCAAGUUUUAUCAACAAUCAACCACUGGAUUCGGAACUCCUUAACAUUAUUAGGUUGUAAGACUCUGUAAUAAGGAGGUUCUUCAUACAAGAAUUAAGGAUUACAUUUGGAAGAAAUAGACGUAUCAUGUUGCAGCACAAUGCUUUCUCUUGAAAAUAAGCUUCAUGUACAGUAGUCAUAAUUCCAAUGCUUUGCUUCACUUGUGGCAUUCUUUAUAAGUCAAUGUAUCACUAGAAAGUACACUGCUAUAAAUUUGUGUCCCAAGUCCAAUAUGAUACCGUUUCUUAGCAGCUUUGCUCACCAUAGCAGAAAUAAUUGGCACAGCUAUAGAAAGCUGCAUUGCCCCAUCAGUGACUGAUUUUCCCUUUUUUUUUUCCUUGUUUAUUUUGAUAUGUAAGUCACCCAUUAGUGUAGCACAGGUGCGGUGCUCUUUGUGUGCGUUCUGUUGUCAUUGUAAAUAAUUGUUUUGGAUUCGACAACUGAAUCUUUGCAUCAUCAUUUGAUGUAGUAAUUUUGCGAGUUCUUGGACUUUAUUUUAUAUAUUUUGUAUGUGAUUUUUGUUUUUGUCACAUGUGCUGUGGAGGUACUGUUACUGUGGCCCCCCAAAUUGCUUCCAUUUCCCCUGCCAAUGACCAAGAGAGGGUGCAAGAUGAUGACCCACCUUUAGAAGUGAAAAAAACAAGGAAGCAACCUGGACAAAGAAAGCAUUGAAUUUACCAGUGUUUAUACAAGACGCCCUUUGAAGUUUUUACUUCACUACUGAGUUUUAUAUAUGACACAACUUCAAUUUUCUAUGUGGAAAGUUAUGUUUUAAACAAAAAGUACUGUUAAUUUUUUUUUUCUAAGAUAAAAGACUGGCAUAGGUCUUGAAAUGAAUUUUCCCCCAUAAGAAUGUGAUCAAUAAAUAAUUAGAUUUUAGCUUUGUAUAACUUUUAUAGGCUGCCCAUUAGAAGAACCCUGUCUUUACUCAAGUUGCAAGACCAAGAGGGCAAAUUUGCCAUUCCCUGCAUUGGUCUUAAGAUGUAAUCUUUAGUUCAGGCGAGGGUGAAUGUGAAUAGACUGUUAGCACAAAUGAUGUUUAAUGAAAUGCUGUGAAUGUUAGAAAUAACUGAAGAGUUUAUUGUGUAAUAAAGGCCGCUUACAAAAGA